AUGGGUCGGUAUCCUUCGGAAUCCGCGGGGAAACAGGGGAAACCGUUGAUCCUGAAACCCCUCUCCGUGAAUCUCCCGGUCCCCGCGGAAAAUCCGAACAUUUCAAAACCCGCGGAAGCCCCCAAACCCGCCCAAACUCCCGAUGAAACGCCCAAAAGUGGAAACGUGGAAACCCGAUCCGAACCGCCGAUUUCGAAGGAUUCCCAGGAUUCCCGCGGGGAAGGGUCGUCGAGUCCCGCGGGGCAACGUCGUUUUUCGCUGCGGUUUUCUGCGGAACAAUUGGCGGCCAUCGAGCGGGAAUUGGCGGAGUGGCAGAACCGCGGGGAGGAGCGUUGUGAGCAGCUGGAGGACGGGCGUUUCACCGUGGGGGUGGACAUCGACACGCUCCGCGAAACGCUCGACAGGCGAAGCCAAGCCCGCCAAAACCCCGCGGUCCCCACGACCACGCUGGCGGCGCUGCCGUCCCUGGGGACUUUGGGGCCAUCCACAAUGGGGACUUUGGGGCCAUCCACAAUGGGGUCAUCCCCAUCGCAAGAGAAGCAGGCAUCCGUGGGCUCCAUGGGUUCUAUGGGCUCCAUGGGAUCGGCGGAUCCUCAGGGCUUCCAGAGCUCCAUGGCCUCCGUUGGCUCGAUGGGUCCUGUGGGUCCUGUGGGUCCUGUGGGUCCUGUGGGUCCUGUGGGUCCUCAAACCCCAGUGGGCUCCAUGGGCUCCAUGGGCUCCAUGGGCCCCGCGGUGUGCUGGGGGACCUGGCUGGGGUCGCCGGUGCAGCCGAUGAUGUACGCGCCCAUGUAUUGCCAGCAACAAACCUAUACAUGGACACCCGAGCAGAUGCAGCAGAUGCAGCAGAUGCAACAAAUGCAACCAAUGCAACCAAUGCAACCAUUACAACAGCAGUGUUAUUCGUAUCCUGUUUUGGACCCAACAAGCAAUAGCUAUAUGUUUUAG